AUGAACCUCUUGACAUUUUUCGAGUUAUUUCCCUAUUUUUUCGUGGUUGUUCCGCAUACAAAAUGUAAAUCGAGGUUGGUUUUUUUAAUUUUUUCCCUUUUGUCGAUUAAAUAUGUUUUACAAGUUAUUGUGGUUUUUAUUGCGGCAUCUUCCUCCCCAGAUAUCUUACAUGCACCCGAACUUGAACGACAAUAUGUCCAUGAGGUCUAUGACACAAUUGCCGAGUCUUUCAGUGAUUCUCGCUACGCUCCUUGGCCAGGCGUCAUGCGGUUUUUAAGAUCUCUCCCUUCGGGUUCAUGGGGUGCAGAUAUUGGCUGUGGCAAUGGCAAGUAUCUUGUCGCUGUGGUCCGUGAUAAACUCCCACUUUCGCCCCUACUUGCCUCUGAUUCCAGCCUUCGAUUGCUGGACCAUGUUCGAGGUCGAGGUUUCGAUGGUGUUGCUGCUAACCUCCUCGCUCUUCCCUACCGUCCUGGUCUACUGGAUUUUUUUAUCAGCGUGGCUGUUUUGCACCAUCUAGCAACGCCACAGCGUCGUCUAGAGGGCCUUAAAUCAAUGGCUUCGCUGUUGAGAGUCGGCGGUCUCGGUUUAAUUCAAGUUUGGGCGAAAGAUCAGCACUGGAAGGGGCAGACAAUGGCGUACGUUCAAAGUAGAAAACCAGAUUGUGCAAAGGGUAUUGUUAUGACUAAUGCUGCGGUCCCAGGAGGUGGUGUAAUGCCGGUCCAAAAGUCUCGCGCUCCCUUCGUUGCAGCUGAUAUUCUCCUGCCUUGGAAUGCGUCGAAGAAGAAAGCUGAGACGGCAACUGAGGUUGCGGUCAUGCGCUACUACCAUGUUUUUGAGGCGAGUGAAUUAGAGAAUCUGAUUGCUGAAGUGUCUUGCUUGGAACUCGUUGAAAGUGUUUAUGAACAGGGGAAUUGGUCUACAAUUGUACGAAAAAUUGACCCCACAUUGCAAGACAGUAAUGGUUAA